GGGAGAGAUCCUGAGGCCGGGAGAUCUGGCUCCAAUCCUCUGAGGGGAGACGGAGGUUUGUGUAACUUUACUCAAACCUGAGGGGGAGUUCGGAGUGUUUGGUCAACGGCAGAGGUUCCUGGAAAAGAUCUGAAUCGUUUCAUAACCAAACCCAGCUGCGGUUCUGCUGCGAGCUGUGUUCUCUGCCUGCGUGCGUGUGUGUGCGUUUUUAUCUCAAUGAGGUAGGAGUAAAAAAAAAAGUCUCAGGAGGAGAGAUAGAUAGAGUGGGAGGGAAAAGGAAAAAAAAAUCUUUUUUCCUCUUGACUAUUUUUUUUUUAAGCAUGAACGCAGAGACCUGUGUCCCAUACAGCAACAUGACAUCUAUGGAUUCAUAUUAUAGUCCUUCUGUUGCUCAAGGUAGGGAUCACCAGACGGACCACUUUAGGACAUUUCCAGCUAGUGACACCAAAUACAGCCCCACCGCCUUCUUGUCCGGCAAAGGUCAGGCUUACGGAGAGAAGUCCCGGAGCCCCUUCCAGCAGGAGUGCCAAUCAUUGGAUGCCUCUGCAGCUGGGCAAGGCUCUUUCAGCAAAUACCACCUCUUCUUGCAGAGGUCGUCCAGCAAAACACCGCCCGCGGAGGACAAGCUGCAUCCAGAGAGAGGACACAACGGAGGACUCGUCCCGUGCUAUGGUAAGGACAGUUCUGGUCUGACAGACUCUGAUUUGGCCCCGGACUCAGAUCCUCCUGGAAUGGACUCCAGAUAUCUGGCGGUAAAGGAUCAGGGUGUCAAGUCGGCCCCUGAAAGAUCGUCUAGCAACAACUUGGCAAGUCCUCUGGAAAAAUCUGACAGUGGUGAAAGCAACAAGGGCAAGAAACGACGUAAUCGCACCACGUUUACCAGCUACCAGCUGGAGGAGCUGGAAAAGGUUUUCCAAAAGACGCAUUAUCCCGAUGUUUACGCCCGGGAGCAGCUUGCUUUGAGGACCGACCUGACCGAAGCCAGAGUCCAGGUGUGGUUCCAGAACCGGAGAGCAAAGUGGAGAAAGCGAGAACGAUUUGGUCAGAUGCAGCAGGUCCGAACACAUUUCUCAACUGCUUACGAGCUCCCUCUUCUAACGCGUCCUGAGAGCUACGCACAGAUCCAGAACCCGUCCUGGAUAGGCGCCAACAGUGCAGCAUCUCCCGUCCCUGGCUGCGUCGUGCCCUGCGACACCGUCACCACCUGCAUGACCCCCCACCCCCACUCUGCCAGCGGGGUCUCCGAUUUCCUGGGUGUCCCGAGCCCCGGAGGACACGUUGGGCCUCACAUGGGCAGCCUGUUUGGAGGAUCUCCCGGCAUGUCUGCAAGCAUCAACUCAUAUGAUCUCAACAUGGAUCCAGAUCGCAAAUCCUCCAGUAUUGCAGCUUUGCGUAUGAAAGCCAAAGAGCACAGUGCUGCCAUUUCUUGGGCAACAUGAUGUGUCGAUGCACACUGGAAAGCGGGAUCUUAUACAAACCCAGCAAAGAGUUUGGGGCAAUUGACUUUAAACUCAGCGGGAAAAUAUGACUACCUUAAUAAAUGCUGCAACAAAGGUAUUAUGAGUUUAGGAGAAGGAUAUCAGACUGUACCUGUUUUUAAUGCUUUAGCUGGAACAAAAAUCACCACUGUGUGAAAGUUUGAUAGAAAGAGAUGUUGUGUAGUCCUAAAGAGAGACAAAAGAGGAGGAUUUCCCAUGCACUUAUUUGCCCAAGUUCAUUGAUUGUUGUUUGUACAUUGCUUUCAGUGUAUGCUGUUUGUGGUUUGGUGCUGUUUUAUAUCUACUUUAUUUAAUUUCUCGUGGGUUUUUUUCUUUCAUUUCUUUGUGGUUUUGCUUUUUCCUGUGCAAAUAAUUCAACAAGAAACUAAAACUCAGUAUUAACAUUUUUAAGCCAAAUGUUUAUUUUUUCUUUUGCAAUAUUUUAAGCAAGGGCACACCUUUUAUCCUAGAUACUGGGGAUGUAAUAGGAAAAUUAAAAAAACAAAACAUCUGGCACAUCCAUUGAGUUAAGAUGCUCCUCACUUUCAGCACGACUGUUAAAGGAACUCUGAGGGAGAGUUUUGUUUUUUUUCUAAACUCAGGAGUGAUUCAGCUCCCUCCAGUUGAAAUGUGGUUAGAUUGAGAAUGAUCCAGAUGGGAGAUCCACCUGAUGCCAUGCCUCGGCCUGCCAAUGCCCACAGUGAGGAGGUUAAGGAGGAGGAGGUGUGGAGAUGCACAGCAGGCCUGUUGCUCCCCGGUCCGGAGAGCCUGAGAGAGCAGGCUACAAAACAGACUCACCUUUGUUUUCAAAAAGGACAGUUUCUCUAGACCGAAAUGUGCCCCUUGCUUUGCUGAAAAAAAUGUGCCAACUUCUCAACCAGACUGCCAGGAAAAACACAGAAACAAGCUGUCGUCUCGUCAAUGAAGGAAGACUGGCACAGAGAAUGGAGUGUGUGUGUUGAUGCUUUGAAGCCUUGAAAGGCUGUCAUUGUUGAACAGCCUUUUUUUUGGAUAUUUAACAAGAAUGUGUUUGGUUGUCAAAGAAGAGAAGUCAUUAAAAAAACAGCUGCAGCAGUAUGAAAUGGAAUUAUUUGUUCUAGAUGCUCCAUUCAAAAUCCCUGUUGGAAGUUUUUUUUUAAUCAAAAUGAGAGAAUUGUAAAACAGCGUGUAAAGAUGCGUGCAGCAGCCAGCUUUACCGUCAAAUCUGUAUAACAAUGGUUUCGCGAUUUCACACAUUUUCUUGCAGAAAUGCAACAGUGCUAAAAACUGCAUCGCCGUGCAGCCCCAUCAACAGUCAAAAGCACAGUAAGGCAUCAGUAGCAUUCCUUUCUCUUUCAAAAUUAUUCUAUUAAAUUUAUAAUUUUACCAUAUUUUGUAUAUUGUUCUACAAGGGUCUGCUUACCUUUAUUUGUUUUCCAAACUGCUUUAAAAAACGUUUAUUUUUGUAGGCAAAGGAAAAGAGAAUGGACAGGUAAAAACAGCUUGAUCCAAUCAGAUGUUUUAUACAAUUGUUAUUUAUCAAAAACAAAAAUUUUUCCAGUUUCUCGAGAAUCUAGUAUCAUUAAAGUUGUACAUAUUUCAUGUGAAUGAAAAGCUUGAUUUUGGUUCAAAGUGAAGCAAAUCUUUUCAAAGUCUCCAAAGUGAAUCAGAAGCAAUUGACCAGUUCAAGGAGCAGAGGAUUUCCCUAAACUGCCCCUAUUUAGUUUUUUGGUUGGUUGGUCAAAACAGUUACAUGCAGGCCAUAACCUUUACGCAGAUCACAUCUUAAAUCACUACUAUUAUCUAAAACUGCAAUCCAGAUACAAUGCAUGUGUUUGGAGGAAGACAAAGUGUAUUAUUUCUGAGAUUGGGCGCCUUAGGUUGUAGCUGAAGGGUUGGACGGAGGGCGAGUUUUGAGGGCGUCUUUGUGUUCCGUUCCGUUGUUCUGAGAAAAGGACAGUGCACACAGCUGCACUGAAGGGGGUAAAUGCAAAAUAAACAUGCCGCACACAUGCUUCUACCCUCAGCUGUCAUGGCUCUGCUUUCAAACGAUUGACCCCCUGUAACACACAACAGGCCGCGCCCCUUCAUGGGCUUCCACCUCAUCCACCAGUCCCAAAGCUGCAGCCCCCCAUCAGCUGCAGGGUCCAGCCAGAUCUGCCAGAUCAGGGAGACUCUUUAAUUAACACAGAGCCAUGUGGAGGCUGCAGACCAUAGUAUUGGGUGUCAGGAUGGACAGGACAGUCUGUCUCUGGUUUAAUGAAUGCUGCCCAUCUGCACAAAGCAUGGAAAAAACCCAGCACUGAGCUGCAUGGUUUACAGAACACAUACUCAGUGUAGCUUUCUGUAAAAAUUAAGGCUUCUUCCUUUGUGCUGCAUUCAUUUUUCUAUGAAAAACAGCAUUUCCCAAUUUUCUAAGUUUCUGAUACUACUGAAAUAGAGUAAUCAGUAUAAGAGUAAUAACUAUAUGAAAAAUAUAUGUGCUGGUGCUUUGUUGUACACGCACAAUGGAUUGAUUUGUGUAAAAAGUCUUGGGGAUUUUACGUUGAUGUUUUGAGUCAGUUUAUCAAGUGUUUGAAUGUGCUUCCAAAUACAUUCAAUACAUACUUUUUUGGAACGUUUGGAGGUAUAUAAUAGUAUUUUUCUGCAAAUGUUCUUUAAACGUUUAUUUUUCACUUUUGUGGCUUUAAGCUGCCGUUUGAGUUAAAAAAAAUCUACUCCUGCUUGUUUUGGUUGAUUAAAGUACUAUAACUUAUUGUACCUUGGUUGAGAGUUCAUUGUUGUGUACAGUACAACAGUAAUUUUUUGCAUCUUUGGAAGUUGAUGGUUUACUUACACAGGCUUGGAAAUUUAAUGCUAGUAAAUACCCCAGAAACUAAUUAUGGAAAUGUAACGCAGCAAACUUGAAAUCACUGAUA